CAACACACCGAAUCCAUUACUGAUUACUGCGUUUUCUCAUCUUUACCUUAUUCAUUCCGAAACCACAACCCCCCAUCAACCGAAAAUGGCCGCACUCAUAGAAUUGCUGCCAAAAGAGUAUGGCUUCGUGGCCAUCGUUCUCGUUCUCUACUGUUUCCUCAAUUUCUACAUGGCCGGUCAAGUGGGUAGAGCUCGCAACAGUGAGGAUUUUGUUAACAAGGUGUUUGUUGAAAUUCUCCACAGGUACAAGGUAUUUUAUCCCACCCUUUAUGCUUCAGAAUCCGAAAACAAAGAUGCCAAGCUCUUCAACUGCAUUCAGAGAGGGCACCAAAACUCUCUUGAAACGAUGCCCAUCUUCUUCAUGCUGAUGAUUUUGGGAGGGCUGCGGCACCCCUCCAUUUGUGCUGCCCUUGGAAUACUUUACACCGUGGCUAGAUAUUUCUACUUCACAGGCUAUGCAACGGGAGAACCCAAGAACCGUCUCACGAUCGGGAAAUUUUUUUUUCUGGCGCUGCUGGGUCUCAUGCUGUGCACACUUUCAUUUGGAUGGACUCUUCUCAAUCAGCCUGCUAGCCCCUGAUAUGGUUGUUACUGUAAUUUUUCUUUUGUCCUACCCUUUUGGAUAAUGUAGCGUUUGUUGAAUUAUUAAAUAACGUAGGCCAAAGGAUUUGGAAUGAAUAAUGUAGUUUCAACUUUCAAGUGUGUUUUGUGUUUGAUUUUCUCAAUAGCCUUUGAUUUUCUGCCAGGGGGUUUGAAUAUGGAUUACUGAUUUUUGUGGUCCUGGCUAUUCUUCAAUCAGAUAGCUGGAUCUAUUAGGUGGUGUUUGGUUCAGACUUUUGAUUUGGUUCCCCAUCCAAAUGUAACUGGCAUUCAA